AUGGAACAAGAAUCGAACAUAACUAAGCGUUUACUUGCUCUCACUGCUCUAGGAUGUGGUGUGUAUUUGUCAAAAGAAUUCUACAACUGGUGGCGGAAGAGGGAAAAUGAAUGGAGGACAGAAAGAAAAGGAAAUGACGGAUACAUGAGACAUCCAGCUUACGAUAGUUAUCCUGAUCUUAGUAUUCAUAAUAACCUAAUGGCUCGAUAUUUGACGCCUGAAGUCUACGAAGCUCUCAAAGAUAAGGAAACACCCGAAGGUGUUACGUUAGAGAAAGUUAUCCAAAUUGGUGUACGCUGUCCCGGUAUGCCCUGGGAACGAGCCAGCGGUGUGAUCGCGGGAGACGAAAACUCGUACCAUGUUUUCGCGCUUCUUUUUGACAAAAUAAUCAAGGAGUUACAUGAAUAUGGUCCAGAAGAAAAACACGCGAGGAACUUGGAUUGUAGCCGGAUAAUAAAAGGGAUGCUUGAUAGUAAAAGAGUAAAGUCAUUGAGAAUAAAAGCACAUCGUUCACUAAGAGGAUUCAGGCUUCCCGCAGGAUGUUCGAGAGAAGAAAGACGAGAAAUAGAAUAUGUGAUUAGAACGGCGCUGCUCAGAUUGCAAGAUGAGUUCGAGGGGGAAUAUAUCUCAAUCUGUGACUUAUCUGAGGGCUACAAGAAUCGACUGGCGGCAAGGAUGCUUCUUCCAGACCCAACAACACCAGCAAUCACGUGUUCAGGGCGUGCACGUGACUGGCCAGAAGCACGUGGUAUAUAUUUGUCACAUGACAAGUCUUUUACAGUGAUCGUAAAUGAGGCUGAUCAUUUGCAGGUGGUAUUGUUGUCUAAAGAAAAAGAGUUAGCAACGGUAUUUAAAAAGUUUACACGAGGGCUGUCAGCGCUAGAAGAAGAGCUUACAAGAAAUGGUGAAACAUUCGCCUGGGAUGGCCACUUAGGAUUCAUUACAUCUGACCCAGCGUGCCUUGGAACUGGCUUACAUGUGCAAGUGAGAUUAAGACUACGACGACUAUCUGUGGAUAACCGUCUUCACUAUGUUCUCAAAAAAUUGAAGCUAAAACGAACUAGAAAAGGCAUACCAUCCAUUGAUAUCCAUAAAGGUGAUAUCUAUGUCUGUUGUUUCAAAACUCUGGGCGUGACUGAGGUUGAGAUGAUCAAUACCUUGAUCGUAGGCAUCAGCACAUUACUACAAUUAGAAACUCUGCUUGAAAAUGGCGAGGAUAUUGACCGUUAUAUUUACACGGCCGCUAGAAGCGGUCAGGUGCCUCUUCAUAGCUUAUAAUAGGAUACAUUGUAGCCUUUUCUACGUUCAAUUGGAUGCUGUUUUUAAAAACACAGCUAGAAUCAUUAAUUUGC